AUGCUAUACCCCUCUAUUCCCGACCUUCUGCUAUAUCACAGAGGGACACCUCAAUAUCCAAACAAGAAUCUCGAAGACAAGAAGUCUCAAAAUUGUGAAGGCCGAGUCAUAACUCUUCCCCGAAACACCCUUAAUCAUUCUGAUGAUGACUUUGAGAAUUUUAUCAAUGAAGUUGAAGAUCCCGUUGAUGAAUUGGAAUAUCUCGAAACGAUAUCUGCUGAUGCCAUCAGUGGACCAGAUCUUAAACAACGAGAAACCGAGUUCAAGCCUGAAGACAGUAUCCUCGAGAGACUGCCGCCUGAACUUAGGGAGAUGAUUUUUAUCUUUUGCGGUCGAAACACUUUCUGCUCGGCUGAUCAGGGUCCACGUCUAUUGAAAGCACUUCGAGGCCAGUGGCGAGCUUACACCCACGCCUUGAAUGUUUUUGAGAGACUGAAUAGUUAUGAACUUGGCGCCGAACUGAGAAACCAUACAUCCGAAGUAUACCACAAAGUUCAUGAUAUGACAGGACUCAUGACAGCCAAAAAAGCACCUCAAAAUGUCUCAUCCCAAUCGAACUCGAAUGAUUCAAAAUUAGCUGAAUCCGACUUGAAGCUUACUCUGCAUGGGCGUAUCCGCGAACACCUGAAAUAUUCUGGUGAUUUUUCGGCUUCGACUCCAAGCACUGUUCUGUACUAUUUAGUCCGACAACUACACAACGCAAACCUUAUUCGACAUGUACAGUUUUAUCAAAAACUAAGACCGUCAGAACAACGAAGUUCCCGCAUUAUUCUCUGCCAAAAUGAUCAAGGCGAUUGGAAUUUUCUCAAAAACUUCCUCACUCUCGUCCCCUGUCGAAGAGUCAAAAGAGUUAUUAUCCAAUUACCUAAUCCCGAAAACUAUCAUGUUAACGCAGCUUCCAGAUAUGAUAACUAUUACCGGGACAAAUAUCAUGAGAGUGGCCGCGCAAAACAAGACGCCUUCGUCUUAGCAGUGAUCGAGAGUAUCAAUCAGAAAGUCGGGGUGCGAGGUGUCGUGCUUGGCCGAUCAAAAGAUAGUCUCUCAGGAUUUUGCAUAUGGGAGGCUCCUGAAGGGAGAUAUAUGGAUUGGAACCGUGAUGUGAUAGAGCCAUGGGCAUUGAGGGGUGGAUUCGGUAAGACUUUCCUUGAUUACGAGAAUAACUUCCUGGAACUCAGGGAGAGUCAGAGUAGGCGUUGCUUUGUGCUGAAUAAUCGCCACGACUAG